AUGUGGCGGAUUUCAACCUUGCUGCAGGCUAUCUUGUGUCUGCAGGCCCACGCGGCUGUCACACAACCAGAACAGCCGCUGAUUGCCUUUAAUGUCAUGAACCUCACGGCCAAGGCGGAGACGCUAAGCCAUCGCGUUGAAUACAACUUCCUCGUCCGGACCACGCAUUCGGGUCCAAUGGUUCAGUGCAACUCCCUGCAGACCAACCUCAACGAGUCUCUGUCCAACGUCUCAAUGACCAGCUGCGAUCCCAACUCUGGCUUAUCCUUCUCGUGGCGACAGUUCAACGACGGCCACGCCGAGCUGAUGCUGCUGCGCAAGAUGUCCGACACGCUGCCGGUUAGGGACGUCGGCAUCCACACCAUCAGCAGUGACGAGAUUGGCGAGGUGGCUUCCGGCACUCAGUUUGAGCACCAGGCAUACCUUGGACCGUCCAACUUUACCGUUCCGGUCGUGAGGGUAUAUUGA